CAAUAACGCCACCAAUGGAAAUCAGUGACAUUAGCGAAGAAGAAUCAACGAAACACUUAAUUGAGAAGCGUAAGAUCGAUGAAGAAAUGGCAAAAGAAUUAUAUCAAUUGGUUGGUGGACGUAUUUUAGAGUUGAAGACUAUUGCAAAUGGUAUUUUAGCUGGACGAUCCAUUGAAAGGUAG